AUGGCAGCUUCCUAUUACUGCAAAUAUUACAAGGAUAUACGUAGAGUAUUACUAAGUAUAAAUUCUGAAGAUGCAAUUUCUGUUGAAGAAGCUCAACAGUUAAUUCAAGAUCCCAAUAUGGAAGCUAAUUUAGUAUAUAUACAUUCAAAUUUUGGAUUUAUACCGGAAUAUAUUACGAAACUUGAAACACAAUAUAUUUCACUAUCCGAAGCAUUAUCUGCAGUUAAAUAUGUCCAAAAUAAAUUAAACGACUGUGAGGGUGAAAUUGGUGUUGCGGUAUUUCAAAAAUUCAAUAAUGUAUUGGAGAAAAAUUGUAGAUUUAAAACAAUACUUAAUAUUUCAAAAAUAUUAAGUGGACAAGAAAGUUCAAUGGAAGGUCUUCCUGAUGAUUUGACCGGUGACGAUAUUACUUACUUCAAAUAUGCGCCGAUUACGUCAACUGAUGUUGAACGUAGUUUUUCAAGGUACAAAACUUUGCUCGUGGAUAAUCGGCGAUAUUUCAAUUUUGAAAACAUUAAAAAAAGUUUAGUGGUCCAAUGUAACACUGGAAGGUAA